AUGAUACCCAGCAGUCGUAAUAUUUUACCACCACAAUCAAGGUGUUAUAGCACAAUAUCCGGUUUUUGUGCGCAGCAGUCAUGCUGCUCUUCAACUGCACCUGUAGUACCCAGUAUCCGAUCGUCAGUAAAUACAGCUUUUCCUUCAGCUAGCACCACUACAGAACUGUUGAAUCUUCUACAUGCAGUGUUUCUCAAUAAUCCGAUUGCUAAUAAUGAACCGAGAACAUUGAACAGUGGGCAACACCAUUGGUCAACAUUACCAGCAAUGUACAGUAGUGGCACAAUGUUUACUUCUAUUGCUAGCUGUUUCUCAACUGCAAUCAGCCAUAACUAUCAGUGUAAUCUUAAUUUAGAAAGUAAUAGUGGUGUUAAUUAUAGCGGUAACUUCAGUACUCCUAAUCUUGAUUAUGAGAUCGGUGCAGAUAUUGACCAAACCGGUGGUUUUUUCGACAAUUCAGGUAGCACGUUGUCUGCUUCUGCACAAGAAGUGCCGUUUUGUAUUAAACGGCAGCACUCGAGCUUUGCAUCUGAAAGUGGUGUAUCUGUUGGACUUACUUCGCGGACUGACGAUUUGGUGGACUUUGCGUGUCACUACAGCUGGUCAACAGCAACUCAACGACACAAAUGUGCAUUACGGCUCCACUGCUGUUCGUUAAAACAAUGGUCAUCUUAUCACAGCGCCGGCAACAGCAGUUCAUCUUUAAGAAAUAAGGAACAGAAAACCGAAUGCUCAAUUAUUCGUCCAAGAAUGCCUUUAGUAGCUCCAGUGCGGUUGUCACCCCGUAAUGAGCCACUAACAUUGUUUUUCACUGACAAAUACGUCUUCAGUAAUCAUUACUUGUGUCAACAACUAUGCAUUGAUGGAAUGAAUUUUAUUUGCACAGAACAGUACUACAUGUACUGGAAAGCUAAAUUGUUCAAGGACGAAGAUACUGCGAUGGCGAUAAUGGCAAGUCGUGAUCCGAAACAAAUGAAAAUACUGGGCGCAAAAGUGAAAAAUUUUAGCCAACCAAUUUGGGACAAAUUUUCGACGCAAUACGAGCAGAAUAAAGAUCUUCGACAAGCACUAUUUCGUACAAUGUACACAAUUUUGGUUGAGUGUAAUCCUCGAGAUCAGCGAUGGGGUAUUGGAUUGGGAAUGGACGAACCAGAUGCUUGUGAUCCACAGCGGUGGAGGGGUCUGAAUUUGUUGGGCAAGCUUUUGACUCGAAUUCGUGAUCGUAUGGCCGAAAAUGCCAUUUAUAGAAAUGAGGUUGUUGAAGCUCAGUCAGUUAUACAAGUCAAGGGCUUUCUGGGCAGAACUGCAUAG